GGGACGGUGGGGGAAAUACCAUGACCGGUUUUCUGCCGUGCUGUUUUCUCAAGGAAAGGGGAUUGUGAGGAAGGAGGGUCCCGGCGACGAAGAAGUCCCAGCUGAGCGCCUUUGUGACCUUGCUCUCCCUCCCUGCCCGCUGAGGCGCACUAACAUCAGUAAACCCCUGCGCCCACCCUUGGCCUGGGCCAGGUUGGGAGGCAGUGACCUGGCCUGGCUUUGGGCCCACCUUCAUGCUAUCCAGGAUCUUGUCAUUCUGUUGGCCCAGGCGUGGAGGCUAACUAGCACCCCUUGUCUCACCUGGAGCACCUGCUGUCACAGAUUCUCAUUGGAGUUUUGCUGAGUAUCUUUUGUAUAUUUUCAAGUGUGGGCUGGCUUUCCACUGGAUGCGGCCUGAGAGCUGGGACCACAGGCAGAAGGCCUCCCGUGAUUAUGUGACCAUGUGACCACCUCUCAGCGCUCAGACCCUCGCUCCCUCUUCCAUACGCCAGCCUGCCUGAAGCUCAGGCCGCAGUGUCUGUCCCAUGUAGACAGCUCCCCAGAGCCCUUCGUGUCCACCCAGGCCAGCACUGGAAGGAGCCUCACCCAUCUGCCAACUCUGAGUACCUGGGAUUUGAGGUUCAGGAGAAGCCUCAAAGAUGUCUAAUGACCCACCCCCUCCUUAUCCUGGAGGCGCCACAGCCCCCCUUCUGGAGGAGAAGAGUGGAGGCCCACCCACCCCAGGCCGAACCUCCCCUGCUGUGAUGCAGCCCCCACCAGGCAUGUCGCUGCCUCCUGCAGACAUUGGCCCCCCACCCUAUGAGCCGCCAGGUCACCCAGUGCCCCAACCCAGCUUCAUCCCCCCACAUAUGAAUGCAGAUGGCACCUACAUGCCUCCAGGUUUCUACCCUUCUCCAGGCCCCCAUCCACCCAUGGGCUACUACCCGCCGGGGCCCUAUCCACCAGGGCCCUACCCUGGCCCUGGAGGUCACACAGCCACAGUUCUGGUCCCGUCAGGGACUGCCACCACGGUGACAGUGCUGCAGGGAGAGAUCUUUGAGGGUGCACCUGUGCAGACAGUGUGUCCUCACUGCCAGCAGGCCAUCACCACCAAGAUCUCCUAUGAGAUUGGCCUGAUGAACUUCGUGCUGGGCUUCUUUUGCUGCUUCAUGGGGUGUGAUCUGGGCUGCUGCUUGAUCCCCUGCCUCAUCAACGACUUCAAGGAUGUGACGCACACGUGCCCCAGUUGCAAAGCCUACAUCUACACGUACAAGCGCCUGUGUUAACGAAGCCUGGACUGGACUCCCUGCUGUCAGUCUGGAUCCCUGUGCUUUGCUCCCCACACUCUGGCUCGCACCCCCAUUCCCACUUGGGGGUGGAAGCUGUUCCACUGGUCCCCUGGAAGUCUUUUCUUCUUUGCCUUGCCCUUCCCUGAGCAUCUGACUCUUCUGGCAAAAAUCCUGUUGGACUUCAGGCCAAGGGUCAGCAAGUGGCAGGGAGCUGGCACUGAGCAAGUAUGUUGUUGGUUUGCUUGGUGUUUGAUCAGGAAGAUAAGCUGGGAUGAGUCUUCCUGCUGGGGUCUUACUCCUCCAUUUUUGUAUGAGGUAUAAGUUUGGUCCUGAUUCUCCCUGGGACCAAACACAGCCAGAGCAAUGGCUUAUUUUCCAGACCUGGGCCUACAGUGAAGCUGUGCCUGUAGCCACAGUUUCUCUGAUCUGGUCAUAAGGCCAAGGUUUGUUUUUGGGGUGCUAGAGGUAGACAUGAUGGUCAGAAGGAAUGACUCUGGCCCUCAGAACUCUCAGGAACUCAACACCUUGUCCAAGUGCCCAGGAGCCACCUGGAAUAAGAGAGAGGUCAGCACAACUGCAGUUCAUGGGAUAAGUGAUUGGGCCCUGGCUCACCAAGGGACUUGCCUCUGGCCCCUGCCUACUUCACUUUCUGGCAAUGCCUCUGCGAACAUGUCUUUGUUGCAGGCAGAAGGAAUGCCUAGGAACCCAGCCCCUCUGUCCAUACCAUGUCCUUGCUGCGUGUGGGCUUGACCUCUGCCUGGUGGCUGGUAUAUCCCAGCUCAGACCAGAGAUGACAGAUAGGGCCUCUCCCUGCGGGCACAAUCAACAUUUCCAGGGCUCUCUCUGUGGAUCCUCUUUCUAGUGAACACUGGGCCCUUCACCCAGGCUGACUCACUGUUGCUAUGCUUACUCCAGGCACUACAGCAGGAGCAACUGUAGCACUGGAUUGGGGACCAGGAACGAGCAACCACAAGUGGCAGAAGUACCUUGGUGGAUGCUAGCUCUGCCUGGGCCUGAGGCCAUGCUGUCUUUAUUUCGGAAUGGUUUGUCUAUGAACUUGCUCCUGUGGACUGCUGUACCCUGCUGCCUCCCCUCUCCUGGUCUCAUACUGCCACUGCAUGGCCUUCUUUUCACUGUGAAUUGUGGCUGAUCUGUUUGUAGUUUCUCAUUAAAUUGGUCCUUUCACUCCCUUU